GAAUACCGAUAAAAUUCAGAUUCAGUCGUGUUCGAUGCAGCACGUGGUUAAGACGCGGUGUGUGAUUCAUUUUCCCGCGCUACCAGCGGUUAGACACGUAUUUCAUAUUGAACUCGACUGUGUGAAAGUUAUCUCUGUACCUGGAUGACAUUUUUCGGUUAGACAAACGGAUUAUUGAAGCUGAACUCGAUCACAGGCCGAGGUCAUACAACCCAGAAGUUUCCCGCAAAAAACAAUACAGAUAACUAUACGAAUGCGGUUAAUAGUCAUUGACAUUCAAUUGUGAGGAACCAUAGGCAACAGACCUAUCAGCUGAAAGCGCGCGCUGUAAACUGCGCAUGCGUGGUACUCAUUUUACAGAUUGCGUCGCUCUGUGACUCACAGUUUAGUCUACAUCAUUGAGAAAAACUGUAUUUGCGUGCGUGAUGCGUAUUAGAUAGCAGUUUAUCGUGUAUUUAUUUUGAAUUUGUGAUAAAAGUGAUAACAAAAUGACGCCCGGCGUCGCAGACGAUUCGUGUAUAGCACUAUGCAAUAACAAUAUUGUACCGUUAUUACCAAGAAAUUCCGUGCGGUUAGAGUUCAAGAAUAUAACAUGUACCAUCAGGAUGCUUUCUCUACAAAAAAUGUGGUUCGAAAACAAGGAAAUAUUAAAAGGCGUAAAUGGGUGCUUCAAGCCAGGAGAACUAACGGCUAUCAUGGGUCCUUCGGGCGCCGGAAAAACAACACUGCUCAAUAUCUUAGCAGGAUACUCGACCCAAGGCGCAAAUGGCGAGAUUAUCGUAAACGGGGUCAGUUGUUGCGCAUCCAAGUCGUCCGGGAGAGGCGGCGCCCGUUACAUUCGCCAGCAAGAUGACCUCCGAAUGCACCUCACCGUGUACGAAUCCAUGGCUCUUGCAGCUACUCUUAAACUGGCCGACUUCUCGUCACACGAGCGGAAAGAGAAAGCCAAUGAAAUAUUAGCCCUAUUAGGCCUAAACGGAACGUCACAGACGCUAUGUCGCGAUCUCUCUGGGGGCCAGAAGCGGCGAUUGGCCGUUGCACUUGAACUUCUAUCGGAUCCAUCUUUACUAUUCCUUGAUGAACCUACUACUGGUUUAGAUUCGUCCGCGUCCACAUCACUGAUAACUUUACUCAGUGGUCUAGCGCGAGGGGGUAGGACAGUAGUCGCGACCAUACACCAGCCGUCAGCGCUGAUAUUUGAAAAGAUAGACACAGUAUACUGUCUGUCAGCGGGGAGCACGUUAUACUCGGGCUCCAGAGCGGCGCUCGUACCGGCGCUCGCGUCUGCGGACUUGCGCUGCCCACCGUACCACAAUCCGGCUGAUUAUUUAAUGGAAGUUGCAUCUAGUGAAUAUGACGUGGAUUUAGAAAAAGCGGCAAAAACGAUGCGUCGUUUUAAACCAGAGCCUGCCGCUACUGGCAGUGGGGACGAUGUACCAAUAAUAUCUACAUUACCAAACCUAUUAAGCUUAGACACAAUGAAAACAAACAUAAAAUCGAUCCAAAGCACAACAAAAUACCAACAAAACUGCUCCAAGAACAUGUAUCGGCCGUCGGGGCUUCUCAAGCAAACCUGGGUGUUAUUGUAUAGGAAUUAUCUAAUGACCACAAGGAAUUACUCACUGUUCAUGUAUCGAGUAGCGGCGCACGUGGUGAUAGCGCUAAUAUUCGGUUACCUGUACCUGGGCGUGGGCAGCGAGGCGAGCAGCGUGCUCGGCAACUACGUGUACUUGUACGGGUCGAUGCUGCUCGUUGUGUACACCGGCAAAAUGUCAGUGACGCUGUCCUUCCCGUUAGAAAUGGCAAUACUAAAGGGUGAAUACUUCAAUCGAUGGUACAGUUUAGGGCCGUAUAUUUUCUCGAUAUUAGCUGUGGAGUUGCCAUUUCAGGUGAUAUCUUGUGUGUCAUACGUUGUACUCUCAUAUUGGUUGACGGAUAAUCCCCUGGAACCAACGAGAGCUACUCUUUUCCUGGCCACUAUAGUGGCUACGUCACUUUGCGCACAAGCAUGGGGCUAUUUCAUUGGAUCUACGACACCGACUAAGAUCGCAGUGUUCAUAGGGCCAGUGUUAGCGUGCCUAUUCUCUAUAUUCGGUUUCUGCCUCGCGCUGAGGGACACCCCGUACAUAUUCCGUUGGUUGCAUCACAUAUCGUACUUUAGAGCCGGUUUCCACGUCGCUGUGCAUUCCGUUUAUGGAUUCAAUAGAACUAAGAUGCACUGUUCUAAGAUCUACUGCCAUUACAAAACGCCUAGCACUUUCCUCAACGAAAUGGACAUGGCCACCAUAGACAUCGGCAGCGAUAUAGCCAUAGUGCUCACAAAUACUGUCCUCAUGCACGUGCUUACUUGUACAGCUCUGUGGUACAGAUUAAAUAAAAGAUGAGUUGUCUGUGGAACUGUUGUGACUGAUGUUAUUAGUGUUGCCCGCGCCAAAAAUACUAAAUAGAUAUAAUUAAAAAAAAUAUCUGUAAUACAUUUUUUUUUGUUAUUUAUUAAAAAGUAAAGUGCGAGUGAGACGGCAUAUCAUGCAUGUACUUGACAACUGUGUAAGCGAGAUCACAAUAUGUUUUCAGUCGUGUCUUUGUUGGCGCGGGUUUUAACAUAGGGUUGAAUGAGGGCUAUUUAGUUUGUAUAACCUACUUUAUAUAAACUGAACUUUAAUUUUAAGUUAAUCAAGCGGUUUAUUAUGUUCUAUAUUUUGUUUAAUAUUUUUAUCAUUAUGUGUAAAUAAUUUUUUUUUUUGGUACCUAACAAGGCUCACACUUACAACUGUUCAAUAUUUCUGCACUCAAAGUUUUCUUCUAAAGAGGAAACUUCAAACAAUUCAUUCAUUCAAAUAAUAUUAAUAAGAAGAUAUUAAGGUUAAAUGCCUAUUUUAAUUUGGCUGGUGCUUGAUAACAUAAUCAAAUUAAUUAAUAACGUAAUAUAAUUAUUAAUAACAUAUACCCAAAAACUUUAUCGUGACAUAAUUCUAAGCCAAUUUACAUCUCCAUAACAUCGGACAAAGUUUUUGAUCAAAAGAUUAACACCGAUCUUGCCUCAUAUUAUAAUUAUUAGAUAAAAAUUGUUUAAUCUUAUGGCUAGUGGAUAUAAUGGUAGAUUAUACUGAUUUAAAAUGUUAUAGUCAAAUAAUAAAUAGUAUUAAUAGACUAUAUAAUUUUUACUUGCCUUACAGUGUCUGCCUUAAGUGUUUCUCAAUAUAUUGAGUUUUUAUUCGUAAUUCUAUUACGAUCAUAGAAUAAAAACGACAAUGAAUAGCUCUUUAAAUGCACUUAAUGAUUUAAUUAUGAUAACUUUCUAGUAGAUAACAUACAAUUACGAAUAACAUUAUCUAUAUUUUUUCUGUUAUAUUAGAGCAGACUACCGAGCUGGUGGUUCGCCUGAUGGUAAGCGAUUAUGACUGACCAAUAUGAUGAACCAAAUAAACUGACAUGAACUGAACAUUAAGGUAGAAGGAUAAGGAAAGGAUUGACAACGGGAAUAAAGGAACGGACUGGGAAGCGUGAAGAAGCACAGUAGCAUUCGCAUGCUACUAUUUGAAGCUGAUUUUCUGUGAGUUCCUUCCCCGUUGUGACUCGGCUCAAUUCGUUCCAAAGCUUUCUCAAAUGUUGAGACAAUCGCCUCAACGCCCCGUGCAUGUUAUUCUAUCUUGUAAUAGUAUUGUUCUGUGUUUUAGUUUUAUAUUAGUUUAAUUAUAUUGAAUUAAAUUUAGUAUUGGUGUUGGUUUUUAAGAAAAAAAUCCAUAAAACACUAAAACACUAUUUGAUUUGAGAAUUGGCAUUCCUCUUUUAUUACUUUCAAUAGAAGAAAAUUCAAGUAAUAUCCAGUGAAAUAGUAUUCUUAGAGUUAAUUAUUUAUAACGAUUUAUACCAUUUUGAUUUCUUAUUUUAGAUGAAGGUAAGCUUUUGUACGGAGAAUUCCUAAUAUAUUUUUUUAUUGGUGAAUGUUUAUAUCAAUAAUUGAAUUAACUCUAAUAAUCUUAUUGUUAGAAAAGGGUAUAUUACAAAAUGUAAGCGUACAAUAUCAAAUUGCUAAGAUUUAGUACAAAGUAGAUAACUCAUAAGAGGUAUUUUUAAUUCAUAAUUAAAUUGAUGAAAAUUUAUAUUACAAAAAUUUAAUUAUAUAGAAUAUGAUAAUCUUAUUAAUUUGAUGCUUUCAUUUUUUAUAUUAGUAUCAUGUCGUUCAACCAAGAAAAUAUGUCAUGAGUCAUGACGUCAUAUUUUCAUAGUUUUAAUAUAUUUCACUAUUUAUUGAAGACCAAAAAUAUUAUCUUUUUGUGAUAUGUGCUUAACAUUGCCUACAUGAUGAUAGCAAUAUCGUUUGUAUUAUGCCUGUUACUUAAAAUAAAUUUAUUUUUCAAUAAAA